AUGGAUGAGACAAUUGAUUUGAUCUUACAAGGGUGUCAAAUGGCUAAAUCUCUCGAAGGAAGCCUACCUAACAUGACAAACCAACCCGAAAGUCUCAUCAGCUCUUGCGACGAAAUCAUUAGGGCCUUCAGCAGAGCUAAGGAGAGUAUAUCAAAAGCCCAACUGGCGGUUCUUCCCGAGUCCCAUAAAUCCCAGCUUUUGGGGAUUUCUUCUGGGGUUCAAGAAUGGCUAAGAGAUAGCAGCAUACAAACACGAGCAAUGGAUUUGCUUCGCGCACAGCAACUUUUGCCAGAUGAUACAAAGCUGAAGGGAGCCAUCGGCGGGGGGUUGGAUGAGAUGGUUGUUGAUCAAAUGGGCGGUGGAGGACGUUUCGGUGGGCGGCAUUCUCUGGAAAGGGCCCGGGAGAUUGAACCUCCUGCAGUUGAGGCCGCGUCCUCCGGGGGCGGUAGAGCUUCAUCUUCGCAAAGACAGCGAAAAAGGUGUAGGGACGGCGGUGUUGAGAGAAGGGUUGAGAGAGUACCUGCUCCACAGAUGGGAAACACCGAGAUUCCACCUGAGGAUGGCUAUACAUGGAGAAAAUACGGCCAGAAAGACAUUCUUAAUUCUAGAUUUCCAAGGAGUUAUUUCAGGUGCACCCACCAAAAGCUGUACCAAUGUCCAGCCAAGAAACUAGUCCAGCGACUGGAUGACGAUCCAAACAUAUUCGAAGUGACAUACCGAGGCGACCACACGUGCCAUCUGUCAUCCACGGCCCCAUCUGUACCGCCACCGUUGCCGGUGGAACGAAGAGAAGCUCACAGUAUGAUGCAACAAGCCACGGCAGCUGCCAUCCAUUCUCUUCCGAAUCCAACCACCAACACCACCUUGUCCAUGAGCCAAUGGCUAACCAUUAGUGACUUUGGCCUCGCUGUUGCCGGGGGAGGCGUAGUAGGGUCCACUAGCAGCACCGUUAACAUGGGCAGCAGUACGAGUGGUGGCGCAGCAGCCGGUCCAUCCACCUCCCGCUACGGGAGGGAUGUUGACUACCCCGUCGCAGAUAUGGCUGAUGUCAUGUUUAACUCCGGUAGCAGCAGCAGUACUAGCAUGGACCUCAUCUUCUCUUCCAUGGAUGACAAAUGGCCGGAUUCAGCAGACAAGAAAAAUUAAUCAUUAACUCAUUGAUUCAUCUCUCGUGGUUUGGUUUUAAGGUUUUAAGUACCGGGUAACAACCUAAUUAAGCAUCUAAUUGAUCAAGAAGAUUCACACUCUAG